UUAAAAUCGCCUGCAAAACUCAGUGCUUUUAUUUGUAAAUGUAACUUAACAGUGCAUUCAUUAUGUAUGUGAAACUAAGAAGUUUCAGUGAAGAAGUGUUACAUAAAGUGCCCAAAGCGGACUAUGUUUAUACUUCGGUUUUCUGUCACUCGUCCCACACUCAUGUGGGCACGGGCUGAUGUUUCGCAUUAUAGUACUGGCGUCGAUGCUGAUACGACGCUGUUCGCGCGACACCAAAACAAUGUUAUCGAACUCGUAUCACUAUCAGAUAAUCGAAAGACGAUAAUAAUAACAUGAGUUUGUUCCGGACUGCUUAUAUUUUCCUUAAAUGAUGCGCACGAAGCGCUAUACACCGAUGUUGUGAGUGAAUUGCUAUGAUAUAUUUUUAAAAAUGAGACAUGCAUCCGACCGAAAUGCAAAAAAGUGUAUCAGUGCAAGUAGAUAGUGAUUUUGCCCUUUUACUGCCCAGUGGUGUGUAUGAAAUUAAAAAGAUGGAGCCAAGAUCCAAACUUCGUAAAGUGAUAUUGUUCUGUUUACUACUUUCACUGUUUGGAAUGGUGGCAUUUGGAUAUUUUUGUUCCGAUCAGGUGUGCGCACUGUCUCCAAGAGACCGGGUAUCUGAAGCCCUCGCAUUGACAUACGCAGAGGCACCCGGGAGACCACUGCCUGACGUGAUGGCGCAACCCGGCCUCUCAUAUGACGAGGUCCUGCAUGACGACUUUAGAUUCGACCUAAACGCACACGACGUCAUGGUUUUCCUGCAUAUACAGAAGACUGGGGGCACGUCCUUUGGGAGGCACUUAGUAAUGGACCUGGACUUGAAGAGGCCGUGCAACUGUCAACGGGCGCGUAAACGCUGCCAUUGUUUUCGUCCGCACAGCAACGAAAUAUGGCUCUUUUCGAGAUACUCAACCGGCUGGAAGUGUGGGCUUCACGCAGAUUUCACGGAGUUGACAGCGUGCGUGGGCGGCGAAUUGGAUCGGCACGAGGGCUCCGCGGUGCAUCGGCGAUACUUUUACAUCACACUGCUCAGAGAACCUGUUGCCAGAUACUUGUCAGAGUAUAGGCACGUGAAGCGCGGCGCCACGUGGAAGGGCUCGAGACACUGGUGUCAAGGACGCACUGCUACAGCGGGUGAAGUACCACCGUGUUACACUGGAGAAUCUUGGCGAGGGGUGACUCUAGAAGAAUUCGCGUCCUGUCCUUGGAACUUGGCGAAUAACAGACAGACGCGCAUGCUGGCAGACUUGGCGCUGGUCGGCUGUUACAACGGCACUCUGCGUCACAGGAGCGCUGAGACCGACAGAGUGCUGCUGGCGUCAGCCAAGCGUAACUUGGCUGCCAUGGCGUACUUCGGACUCACAGAAUUUCAGAAGAUAUCCCAGUACGUGUUCGAGGAGACAUUCAACCUACGGUUCGCGGUGCCCUUCACACAGCACAACGCCACGGUCUCCGGUGCGACCCUGGCUGCCCUGUCACCGACUCAAGUCUCCCACAUCAGGCGACUCAACUCGCUUGACUUAGAGCUGUAUGAGUUUGCCAAGAACCUCAUGUUCAAAAGAUUCGAAACGUUGAAGAAACGCGACAGCGACUUUGAAUUCCGGUGGCGACAUCUCGGCGAGGUGGCCCCACGGAGCGGCGUCACCGAGUUCGAUUGGGACAGCAACUUGGAAGACGCCACCACCGAAAAGUCUAGAGGCAAAGCCUUUAAGUCGAAGAAAGUUUGAGAACGACGUCGCAGUUCGCCACGGUGCUGUUGAAGGAACCCUGUAUAGUAAUUACUUACAAUUAUAAUUGAUUGAAUACCUACCUAUUUUAAUA